UCCUUGCCAAGCUCAAGGGUGCACCCCUGACCACAAGGGCCCAAGGUGGUCGGGGCACAGCUUGCUUUUAUUCAUUUUAGGGAGACAUGAGGCAUCAAUCAAUACAUGGGAGAUUUACAUUGGUUCCAUCUGGAAGGGUGGGACAACUUGAAUUGGGGGGCUUCCAGGUCAUAGGUAGAUUUAAACAUAUUUUGAUUGGCAACUGACUGAAGAGUUAUUAUCAGCAGAAAGGAGUGUCUGGGUUAUGAAACAGGGGUUGCAGGGAGCAGAUGAUGCCUUCAGGUAGCGGGCUUUCGAGAGAAAAUAGAUGGUAAAUGCUUCCUAUCAGACUUAAGGUCUAUGUCGAUGUUAAUGCUGGGGGUUAUGACGUGGCAUGGCCUGAACGUCUUCCGGGUUAAAGUUUAGAGCACUCUGGCGGACAGGGAACCCCAUUCAGAUGGUUGCUGGGGGGCCUUCGAAUUUUAUUUUUGGUUUACAAGCCUUCCCAUCAGCUGUGCCAGGGUCAGCAAACCACAGUCCAUGGGCCCAAUCUGGCCUGCCACCUGCUUUUUGUAAAUAAAGUUUUAUAGGAACACGCCCACACCUCUGGCAGCUGCUUUGCAAGCACGCAGCAGGGUUGAGUUGUUGCAACACAGACCACAGGGCCUGCCAAGCCUCAAUUAUCUGUGCUCCGACCCUUUAAGAAACACUUCUCUCACCCCUGAGCUAAGCAGAAUAAGAGGGGCUGGACGUGCAGGACUCAGAGUGGGAGCGAGGAGGGCUGGGGUGAGGACAGCUUUGUCACACUCUGUUUUUCUGUCACUCAGCCCUGGGGGCUCCCUCUGCCUGAGGGCUUCGUCCCCUGCUGCCUGGCCAUGACCCGCAGCACAAGCACAGAUAAGCCUCAGGGAACAAAAGCAAAAGGCAGGGCUGCCACGGAAGCCCAUCCACCAAUCCUCACCUCUCACCUCUGUGUCCGCCCUGCUGGGAAAUAUUCCAGGCUUUGGCCAAGGCCAGUGCAGCCCCAGCUUCCCGAGCGGCAGGUUGGGUGCGGACCAUGGCCUCUCACAAGCUGCUGGUGACCCCCCCCAAGGCCCUGCUCAAGCCCCUCUCCAUCCCCAACCGGCUCCUGUUGGGGCCUGGUCCCUCCAACCUGGCUCCUCGCAUCAUGGCAGCCGGGGGGCUGCAGAUGAUCGGGCCCAUGAGCAAGGAUAUGUACCAGAUCAUGGACGAGAUCAAGGAAGGCAUCCAGUACGUGUUCCAGACCAGGAACCCACUCACACUGGUCAUCUCUGGCUCGGGACACUGUGCCCUGGAGGCCGCCCUGGUCAAUGUGCUGGAGCCUGGGGACUCCUUCCUGGUUGGGGCCAAUGGCAUUUGGGGGCAGCGAGCCGUGGACAUCGGGGAGCGCAUAGGAGCCCGAGUGCACCCGAUGACCAAGGACCCUGGAGGCCACUACACACUGCAGGAGGUGGAGGAGGUAGGGGACCCGGGGUGGGGGUCAGGGCCGGGAGUGGCCAAGGACCCUGGAGGCCACUACACACUGCAGGAGGUGGAGGAGGUAGGGGACCUGGGGUGGGGGUCAGGGCCGGGAGUGGCCAAGGACCCUGGAGGCCACUACACACUGCAGGAGGUGGAGGAGGUAGGGGACCCGGGGUGGGGGUCAGGGCCGGGAGUGGCCAAGGACCCUGGAGGCCACUACACACUGCAGGAGGUGGAGGAGGGCCUGGCCCAGCACAAGCCAGUGCUGCUGUUCUUAACCCACGGGGAGUCGUCCACCGGCGUGCUGCAGCCCCUUGAUGGCUUCGGGGAACUCUGCCACAGGUACAAGUGCCUGCUCCUGGUGGAUUCGGUGGUAUCCCUGGGCGGGACCCCCCUUUACAUGGACCAGCAAGGCAUCGACAUCCUGUACUCGGGCUCCCAGAAGGCCCUGAACGCCCCUCCAGGGACCUCACUCAUCUCCUUCAGUGACAAGGCCAAAAAGAAGAUGUACUCCCGCAAGACGAAGCCCUUCUCCUUCUACCUGGACAUCAAGUGGCUGGCCAACUUCUGGGGCUGUGACGACCAGCCCAGGAUGUACCAUCACACAAUCCCCGUCAUCAGCUUGUACAGCCUGAGAGAGAGCUUGGCCCUCAUUGCAGAACAGGGCCUGGAGAACAGCUGGCGCCAGCACCGCGAGGCCGCGGCAUAUCUGCAUGGGCGCCUGCAGGCACUGGGGCUGCAGCUCUUCGUGAAGGACCCGGCGCUCCGGCUUCCCACAGUCACUACUGUGGCUGUACCCGCUGGCUAUGACUGGAGAGACAUCGUCAGCUACGUCAUGGACCACUUCGACAUUGAGAUCAUGGGUGGCCUUGGGCCCUCCACAGGGAAGGUGCUGCGGAUCGGCCUGCUGGGCUGCAAUGCCACCUGCGAGAAUGUGGACCGCGUGACGGAGGCCCUGAGGGCGGCCCUGCAGCACUGCCCCAAGAAGAAGCUGUGAUCCGCCCGCUGGCACACACCUGGCGCUGGCACACACCUGGCGCUGGCACACACCUGGCACUGGCACACACCUGGCGCUGGCACACACCUGUCCCAGGCCCACCCUGAGGGACCAGGAGGAUCAGGAGCAAACAGACCCUGCAAGGUCCUCCAGGCCUGGGGACAGGAAAGCCACUGACCCAGCCCGGGAGGCAGAACCAGGCAGCCUCCCUGGCCCCAGGCAGCCCUUUUCCCUCCAGUGGCACCUCCUGGAAACAGUCCACUUGGGCGCAGAACCCAGUGCCUUCCAAAUGAGCUGCAGUCCCCAGGCCGUGAGCCUCCCGGGAGUGUUUAAUAAAGGGCCUGGCCACCUCUCCUUACUGUGUGGGGAUGGUCUGUGAAAGAGUGACAGGAGAGCAUCUCUGCUCCCUGAGCUGCCUGAUUGUGGACUUUAGGGGGACACUCCUCAUCCUGGAGCCCACAGGGUAGAUCCUCCCCUGGAGGAGGUGCCGUCACCACACUCUAGCCCCAGAUGUCACACCCCCAAACGUCCUCACGCACCACAUCCAGGUGAACCCACACGGCCCACAGGGCUGGUUGGAGACCCUGUCAUGGACAAGGGUACCUGCGUGCUGGAGAGCGCACAGCCAGGACCUGAGCCCAUGACACGUGGAAGCCUCCAAUGGAAGGUCCCCCUAUGCUCCCAUCCAGCCAGUGCCCACCCCUCAACUGCCUGACUUCUGUGACCAUAGAUCGGCCUGGCAUAUUUGAAUUUAUUUAUUUAUUUAUUUAUUUUGAAACGGAGUUUCACUCUUGUUGCCCAGGCUGGAGUGCAGUGGCACGAUCUCAGCUCACUACAACCUCCGCCUCCCGGGUUCAAGCGAUUCUCCUGCCUCAGCCUCCGGAUUAGCUGGGACUACAGGUGUGCACCACCAUGCCCGGCUAAUUUUUGUAUUUUUAGUACAGAUGAGGUUUCACCAUAUUGGCCAGGCUGGUCUCGAACUCCUGACCUCAAGUGAUCCACCUGCCUCGGCCUCCCAAAGUGCUGGGAUUACAAGCGUGAGCCACCGUGCCCGGCCAUGGUUGAAUUUCAUGGUCAGUGGAACACACAGCAGGUCCUCCACUGUGCCAGCCUCUUUCACUUACUGUUUUUGACACUCACAUGUACCGUCGUGGGCGCCGGUGUGUCUUUGUUGCUGAGUGCCGUCCCGUCACAUGGACUUGCCGUCGUGGGCGCCGGUGUGUCUUGUUGCUGAGUGCCGUCCUGUCAUAUGGACACAUCAUGAUUUGUUGGUUCAUCACCAUAGUUGAGCAUCUGGGUUAUUUCUAUUUUGGGGCUGUUAUGAAUACGGAGGUAGUGAAAUUCUUACUCAAGCCUUCGUGUGGCCAUAUAUUUUCAUUUUUCUUGGAUAAAUAACUAGGAGUGGAAUUGCAGGGUCAUACAAUAGGCUUAACCUUAUACGAGACUGCCACGAAAUUCUCUGAAGUGGCUCUUCCAUGUUUCAUUCCUGCAGCUACAGCGUCCAGGGUGCUCCACGUCCUCACCCACACUCCUUGUCUUUUUUUGCUAGGGGGUGUAAAAUCCUGUCUGAUUUGGUUUUAGUUUGCAUUUCCCUGAUGCCUAUUGAUGUGGAGCAACUUCUCAUAUGCUAUCGCCGUUUGUAGAUCUUCUGAGAAGUGUCAGUUCAAAUAUUUUGUUCAUAUUUGGAUUUUUAUCUUCUUAUUGUCAAUGUGUGAUCAUUUUAAAAUAUAUUCUAGAUACUA